UUCCCCGGAGUGGCCAGACGGGCUGGGGGGGACACAGGAUGGCAGAGCUAGUAGGAGUAACUAACGGGACAUGCGGACGGAGUGAUUUCUUCUAAUAUUUCAAGUUCUGGUCGUGGUCGGCGCGAGGCCUCGCCAUGCCGCUGGUGAAGAGGAACAUCGAGCCGCGCCACCUGUGCCGGGGGGCGCUGCCAGAGGGCAUCGGCAGCGAGCUGGAGUGCGUGAUGAACAACACCCUGUCGGCCAUCAUCCGUCAGCUCAGCAGCCUGAGCAAACAUGCAGAGGACAUAUUCGGCGAGCUGUUCAACGAGGCCAACAACUUCUACCUGCGCGCCAACUCGCUGCAGGACCGCAUCGACCGGCUCGCCGUCAAAGUCACGCAGCUGGACUCCACGGUGGAGGAAGUUUCUCUGCAAGACAUCAACAUGAGGAAGGCCUUUAAGAGCUCCACCACGCAGGACCAGCAGGUGGUGUCCAAGAGCAGCGUGCCCGUCCCGGUCAAAGAGAUGUACAACCUGAGCGACAAGCCUCCCCCCCUCACCAUCCUCACGCCUUACAGGGAUGAUCACAAGGAGGCCCUUAAAUUCUACACCGACCCCUCCUACUUUUUCGACUUGUGGAAAGAAAAGAUGCUGCAGGACACGGAGGACAAAAGGAAAGAGAAGAGGAAGCAGAAGCAGGAGCAGAGGCGCUGUGUGGACGGGACCCUGCAGAGGGAGGUGAAGAAGGUGCGCAAGGCCCGCAACCGCCGGCAGGAGUGGAACAUGCUGGCCCUGGAUAAGGAGCUGAGGCCCGACCACCGGCACACGAUCCACCGAGACAGAGCCGCCUCCUCUGAGGGAUCCAUGUCACCAGAAAACAGGGGUCACAGCGUGGAUCCGCACCACUACCCAAACAGCAUGAACCACGCGGGCCACGCCCACACCUACUCGGGCCCCCCGCCCAGCAUCCUGGCCGCCCAGAUGGCCGCGGGACACGCCGCGCGCGGAGGCGGCGAGCACGACGCCCGAGGCCGGACCAUGAUGGCCUACCAGGGUGGGACGCUGGGUCGCCCCCACCACCACCAAGCUCCUCUGCCUCCUCCCCCGGCGGAGGCCAUGAACGGCGGCUCCAUGUCUCUGCCACCGCUGGACUACAGUAUGGAUGGUUAUGCCAACACUGGGCCUCCCCCGCCUCCCCCCGCCCCCCUCAUACCUUCUGCCCAGACGGCCUUCGCCUCACCACCCGGAGGUCCCAUGUCGCCCGGCCCCUUGGCCGUCUCCGCCGGCUACGCUCCGCCUCCGCCGCCUGUGUCUGGGGCCCAAGCGGCUCCGCCUCCCCCCGGUCCCCCGGGGCCACCGCCUCCCCCCGUUCCAGCCGGUGCCUCCCACUCCGCCUCCUACAAGAUGUCUUCCUCGGCGCAGGCUGAGCACGCAGCGGUCAGCGAUGCUCGCAGUGACCUGCUAGCUGCUAUACGUAUGGGCAUCCAGCUGAAGAAAGUGCAGGAGCAACAGGAGCAGCAGGCUAAGAGAGAACCUGUCGGAAACGACGUGGCCACCAUCCUGUCGCGGCGCAUCGCCGUCGAGUACUCCGACUCGGAGGACGACUCGGAGCUGGAGGAGAACGACUGGUCCGACUAACGCCCAGAACAACACGGGAUCGCUGCUGAAAACACGGCCAAUCUCACGCUCCCCCCUGAACAGAUCCCACUGUGACCCAUCCACAGGCCAGCAGAGACCCCGUGCUCUGCUGGAGAACACAGAAGCUGCACCUGAACACAAUCACAUGCUGUAGCGCUGACAUGAUAAGCUGUAAGGUCUAGAAACUGGAAAACGUUGGGAUGUAUGCAAAAAAAACAACACUGUACGUGAACUUAAAAUAUCGAGUAAUGCUGACCACUCUGUAACCACUGAGCUUCAUUAUGAUACUCACCCUAGUAAAUGUUCCUCUAUUAUAACACUAUAACGCACCGUGUGAAGGUGA